UUUCACAUUUAUAUACCAAUGAUCAUUAUCUAUGUUUAUUACCGAACAUUAGGUUAUAGUGUGCUGGUGUCAGAUAUAAUAAAAAAUAGUUAACCUAUUAAAAUAUGAACAGUAUAUGUUAUUAUAUUGAAAAAAGCAAUAAUAAGUAAUAAGAAAUGUAUUUGUGAAUUUAUUUUUAUAUAAUGAAGUUAAAUAUUGAUAAUCUGGAAACCAAGAAAGAUACCUAUAAAGAAAUACAUAAAACUGUGUGUUUCUUAUCUCUGUGUAGAUUAUUGGCACUUAUAUGUACAAUAAUCGUUAUAAUUGUGGUUCUCCUACUUUGCAAGGCGUAUAUUAAAUUUGUCUUAAUUUGGCUCGAGAAACAAGAUAUUGUUAUAGUAUCUGGAACAAUAUGCUUCCUAUUUAUUAUAGUAGCUCUACCUAUAAGCAUAGGAUAUAUUGUUUUAGUUUUAGCAUCAGGAUAUUUAUUUGGAGUGCUUAAAGGCUUAUUGUUGGUAGUCUUUGGGGCAAAUUUUGGUUUGUUCAUUGCUGAUAAUAUUCUAAAAAUUGUUGGACACCAUCAUAGCAUUUACAAAUAUACACAGAAUGACACUGCUGCAGCUAUAAUGAGAGUUAUUUCAGGCCCAUUAUGUUUCAAAAUUGUUUUUUGCUCAAGACUGACUCCAAUUCCCUUUGGGUUACAAAAUACGAUUUUUGCGCUAAGUAAUGUUAGUGCCAAAAUUUAUUAUUUAGCUUCACUACUUGGACUGUUUCCUGCUCAAUUUGUUGCUGUUUACGUCGGUUCUACCUUAAGAUCCAUGCAAGAUGUCUUGGAAAACAAACAUUUAUCUUCUGGUACCUAUAUUUUUGCAACCCUUCAGUUGAUACUCGGAACCUUUCUAAUGAUUUUUAUUGGAGCUAAAGCAAGAAAGGAACUACUAAAGGCAAUUGCAGAAGCUGAUAACAAUACUUCCAGUGGUUAUUCCUUAGUGUGAUAUUUAUUUUACAUUUUUAUGACCACUUUUUCAACGAGACCAAAUAUUUUUCAUAAUAGAUUUGUUAUAACUUAUUUGAAAUAAUAUUAAUAAAUAUUUUUAUACCAACACAA